AUGAGCCAGCCCGGUGACUUUGAUGCCGUCCGCAAGGACAUUAUCGCCGUUCUGAAGCAGCCCAAGUACGACGAUGGAUCUGCCGGCCCGGUCCUCGUCCGUCUUGCAUGGCACGCCAGCGGCACCUAUUGCAAGGAGACCGACACCGGUGGAAGCAACGGAGCCGGCAUGCGGUACGAGGCAGAGGGUGGAGACCCGGCCAAUGCUGGUCUCCAGCACGCCCGUGUCUUCCUCGAGCCCAUUAAGGAGAAGCACUCGUGGAUCACGUACGCCGACUUGUGGACGCUCGCUGGUGUAGUCGCGAUCCAGGCCAUGGGCGGCCCCGAGAUCCAGUGGAAGCCUGGCCGCACCGACUUUGUCGAUGACUCGCUGCUGCCCCCUCGUGGCCGCCUUCCCGACGCUGCGCAGGCCGCCGAUCACCUGAGGCACAUCUUCUACCGCAUGGGCUUCAACGACCAGGAGAUUGUCGCCCUGUCCGGUGCUCACAACCUCGGACGCUGCCACGCCGACCGUUCCGGUUUCGAGGGCCCCUGGGUCAACUCGCCGACGCGCUUCUCGAACCAGUACUACAAGCUGCUGCUCAAGCUGCAGUGGAAGCCCAAGAAGUGGGACGGCAACUUCCAAUACGCCGCCAAGGCGCCCGGCGCCGACGACGACGACGAGGAGCUCAUGAUGCUGCCGACCGACUAUGCGCUGAUCCAGGACGAUAAGUUCCGGCCAUGGGUGCAGAAGUACGCCGAGGACCGCGACCUCUUCUUCAGCGACUUUGCCAAGGUGUUUGCCAAGCUCAUUGAGCUCGGCGUCUACCGCGACGAGACGGGCAUCGCGCGUGCCGACAAGAUGAAGAAGGUGCCUUCCGAGUACAAGUCUGCGCCGCAAAAGAGCCAGACGCCCGGCGCUCCGGGCGCUGGCAAGGACGGUGAGGCGGCCCCUCUGGCCAAGCAGAACCGCGAGGGCGUGAUGCACGCCGAGGCCAAGCUCUAG